AUGAGCCAAGUUGGCUUUCGGUUCAGACCGUUUACAAACUCGUCUGUGACUGCGCAGUGGACGGCCAAGGAGAUGAAGGACAUGCACACUCGGUCACGGUCUGUAUCCGGGCCAGAGGUGUACGCACGACGGACGGCGGAAGAGGAAGAACGACAGCGGGCGUUGGACUCGGAGACGGAUGCGAAUACGGAGUAUAAUGCGGCCAAGCUCAGCGCUAAUAUCCGGCCGCGGAGCAUGAGCGCUGGAGGGCGGGGAGAGCGCAAGAAGAAGAGCAAGAACAAGGAGGAAAAGGCCAAGAAGCGGGCAGCCGCAGACGAGGCACGCAGACAGCGCAGACGAGAGGCCGGCCUUGACUCGGACACCACACAAGGCGAUGACUCGGACGACGAAGAGUUUGUCACUGGCCACACACGCCCCAUGCAUGGCAUGUUCACUGGACAGACAGCAUCUACGUCCAAACGAGCCCACAAGCAUUCCGCCAGCACCAACAUGCCCCCCACUCAUCCGUAUGGAUACCCAUCCCACCAACACCCCUACGGUCAACAGAGCCCCUAUUCCGCCCAUCCCUACGGUCCAUCCUCCUACUUUAGCCCCUCGGCACCACAAUACCCCAGCCUGUUCGCUGCCACCAGUCCUAGCAAUGGCAGAGCAGAAGCGUUCGAAAUGGCCCGGCGCAAGCUCGAGUCGAAUCCACUACCAGGUCUACCCCAAUCACUCCCCCGCAAACACUCUGCCACUCAAUCCAAGUCCCACCCACAACCGAGCCAUUCCUUGCCGGGCGGGUACGCUCCCCCCGCGCGCGAAAAGUCCAAAUCGAAACAUUCGGGACACGCCAAGAGCGCAAGUACGGGCACACUACCUACUCAAUCUCAAGCUCCGUCGUAUCCACCCGCUCAAGCCUAUGCACCGCCCGUUCCUUCCAAAUCGUCCCGCGGCAGAGAUAAAGACCGGGACCGGGAUAGAAAUCGGGGUCGCGAGCGAGAUAGAGAUAGGGAUCGGGAUCGGGACCGGGACCGAGAGCGAGACAGGGAACGAGACCUGGAUCGAAGUCGAAACCGACCAGGAUGGGAUACGGCCGACGGCGUCCUCAACGGCGACCUCCCCAACGUCCCGGUCCUCAACUCGCACGGCAUCCCAAUUGCAAACGCCCCAGGCCACGCUCAUUCCCAUAGUGUCCCCAUCUUGAAGCACCGCGGAGGAGCAGGAGGAGAAGAACUCACAUCCAUCAACGGUAUACCCAUCGUCAAUGCCCAACCCGAGCCUCAACCCCAACCUCAACAUCCAUUGGAAAGAACGCCCUCGAGGGGGAAUAAAUGGGGUACCAAGAUUGCUGGACUGUUUGGUCGUGCGAGGAGAGGCAGCAAUGCCAGUCAUGCGGUACCUUUUGACCCUCGCCCAUCUACCUCGGGGGCAGGAGAGAGCCGGUAUCCCACUGGACCCGGGGACACGAGGUACCCGCCCGUCGUCGACACCUCGGGUCGGUUCUACGAGGGAGUCGGGGCCGGAGCUGGAACCGGGACUGGAACUGGAACUGGGGGUCGAUUCCGCGAAACAGGAACGGGACGUUAUCCCGUUGCGGAACCGUCUUCGGCCCCGCCCACGAAAUCCGCAUUCAAGUUUGGGUUCGAUCGACUGAGACGACCGUCGCAUUCGAGUGCCCGUCCGGACCUGGGCGGCAGCGGCGGCGAGCCCUUUCCGUCGUUGUCGAGGCCCCCGACGCAUGAUACCGGUUUUGGCAGGCCCUCGCACGAUAUCCCAGGCCUCGGACGCCCCUCGCACGAUAGCACCGGUCUCAAGAGGCCCUCGCACGAAACGUUUGGCCGAGCGUCGCACGAGCAGCUUGGACGCCCCACGCCGCACGGGAGCUCGGAUAUGCUCUCCCACCCGCCUGAUACGCCUGGCCGAUUCCCGCCGCCCACGCCUGGCCAAUUCCCGCUCCCCCCGAGCCACAUCCCCGGAUCAUCCUCGUCGCACAUGCCCAUUCCCGCCAUGUCCUCGUCCCACCUCCCCAUUCCCUCAAUGCCACCAUCCCACAUCCCCACCAUCCCACCAUCCCAUGGCGUGCCCCCGCCGGGCCAAGUACCCGUCGGGAUCCGGGUCGACAAGCACAACCGUAUCAUCGACGACCCGCCGGAAAAGGAUAAAGGCAAGGGCCGCGUCAUGGGUUUCCGGCUCGGCAAGGGCAACGAAGAGGUCCAGGGCCCCGUCCGUGUCGACGUGCGCGAAAAGUUCGAGUGGGAUUCGGAGAGGGGGCGGCCGGUGGUUAUGGGUGCGCAGCUGGGGGUGGAUGAGUUUGGGAGGCGGCCGUCGUUUGAUGGGAGGAGACCUUCGUUUGAUGGGAGGCCGACGCUCGAUGGACAGCACGGUCGAAAACCCUCGCUCGAUGGGCCGGACGCGUAUGGUCCUGCGCCGAGACGACGUUCGGGAUCUGGAGCGUCCCAUCCGCCGCCGCCCUUGUUGGGGACGGUGGGGGCGGACAAGUUUGGGACUAUGCGUGCGGAUGCGUAUGGUGCUGGCCGGGAACCAAGUGGGAUGGGCGCAAUGGGCGGGAUGGGAGGACCACACUAUCGCAAUGGUGAUCCGUUUGCAGUUGGGAAAGACCCGUUUGGACUUCAUCCUGAUGCGCACCGGGGCGAGGCUGGAAUACCGGGUUUCAAGCCUGCUGUCCCCGAUUUCAAGUCUCCUGGUAUGCACGAUUUCAAGUCUCCUGGUAUGCACGAUUUCAAGUCUCCUGGUAUGCAUGAUUUCAAGUCGCCUGGAAUGUCUGAUUUCAAGUCUCCCGGUAUGUCGAUGCGUUCCCCCGCAAAACAGCCCUCGUGGGACGACCGGGACAAUAUGAUCCCCCCCACGCCCGAUGACGCCCCUAUGAAAAUGCCCUCACCUCAUCCGACUGGCGGACCCCCUCCACAACCAACACCGUUCCUGGAUCCCCGCUCCCCUCAUGCGACCAGUCUUUUAUCCCCGCAGCCACCACCAUCCCAGAACAUGUUCAGUCCCGUCAUUCCGGGUGUAGGACCCGGAAGCGUCCUCUCCGACGGGCCGGGCCAACCUCAACCGAUGCGAUACGAAGCGGCCGGGGCGACACCGUUUAUGCGCGAACGGGACGUGGUAGCACCUACACCCCGCGCACCGAGCAUCGCGACUACCGUUCCUCGCACCUUGCCUCGCCCUCGCACUGCCGAGUCGACUGUUCUUGGGCCCGAUUCGCCGGGGACGGACAAUGACGAUGUUAGUUUGGACGUGGCCGAGGCGGACAUGGCGCUCGCUGCGCGUCACCGCGAAGCGUUUGAAUGGGCCGAGCAGGACGCUAAAGGAAAAGUCAAGGAAGGAGAUCCUAAUGCGCGCUACAUAUUCAACGGAUUCCCGAUGUGGGUCAACUGGGACUUGUUUACCCGACUCGAGAACGCCGAGCGUAGAAAUGGAGGGAGGAGCCCGUUGCCCCGGGUGACGAGCACGACUGCACCAGACGACGUAUCGAAUAUCGUUUCCGAGUGGCGCGUGACGCGCGACAAGUGGGUCGAUCGGUUCUGGGAUCCACAAUGGGCGCAGUUUAUGCACGAGCACGGCGGGCCGAUUCAGCGCGAGUUGGCUACCGAACGACAGACCCCUGUAGGCCAAGCGCUCGAAGCCGCUCGAGUCUACCAGCGCGAAAACUCGGAGCUCCCGCUGGCCAAACGCGAGUUUUCAAGAGGGUAUUUGUGGGACCAGGGAUAUAUGCAUCCAGAUUGGAAAUGGAUCAAACCCAGGCCAUGGCAAUGGACGGUCGAGCACGAGAACGAUGAACGGCGCGCAACGGGUCGUGCACCCCUACCACGGUAUCACCCAGCAAUGAGCGCAGACGACUGGCGAGAUGUACGAGACGUGUGGCAUACGACCGCGAGCAAAUGGGCCGAGAAACGGAAAGAUACCGCCUGGCUCGAACGGGAUCGGCAAGAGGGCAUCACGCCCGAGCAGCGCGUUCAACUUGAACAGCAGUUUUCCAAGUCGAGGCAGCAGCACAAAGUCAUCCGCAAAGCAUCCGGUCAGCGAGCGCGUGAAGCCCUGACUGCCGAGGAGCGAGACAAGAUGAGGCAUGAUUCGGCUAUGGAGGUAUUGGCACGCCGACAAGAAGCAUAUAAACACGCUCAAGUGAUAAAUACACCGCAGAUCUCCGAGGACAAGCGUCGAGCUGCCCAAUUGAUGCUUGAUGAACUUAUGCGCACCCCUGCGCCGGCGCAUACUCGUCCGCCUAGUAGCAUCGGGCAUGCAAGCAUUCCUCCUGGCGUUGUGCCGAUUGCCGGCUCGAGUAUUGGACACCCAGGGCAGCCUAUGGAUACUUAUGGAUUACAAACCGACUCGGAUGUGUACGAGUCGUCCAGCAGCGAUGACCGCCCUGGUGCGUAUUCCCGUCCCGCGAAUGGCUUCCCGCCCACGGUUGCGCAAGAUCAACUACCCAAUUGGAUGCACCAACAAAAGGAGUGGGAUGCACCUACCUCGAGCAUGGGCUCGAUACCUGGUCGAAAUCCCUCGGUACCUUCCAUCGGCAAGAAGAGGACUGGUCUUCUCAAAGGUAUCCUUAAGCGCACGCUCUCCAAGCAACGCAAUAAUAAUAAUAACGGCUCUCGACCCGCUCGCGCCGAUUCACAAAAACGCACAGGCGGGCUUGCGGGCAUGUUUGGACACGGCUCCUCUCGAAACGAGAUUUCACCCAUGGACACCGCAUGGGCGGGUGCGGUCCGCUCUACGCAGCCCAUUGCGGCUCAACCCAUCCGCUUCGAUCGUUCCCAUCCCUUUAGUAUGACUUCGCCUCAUGCCAUCGAAUACGAAGGGAAGAUUUAUCCCUCGGCGAUUCAUCUUUGGCAUGCUCUUCGAUUCCUCCGUUGUCCUGCCAGACGAGGUCGUGGUCGUAACACCGAAGAAAUUUGGCAUCCCGAGCUUGCCGAGGCGAUCCGACGAACGGCCGAGCCCGAACUACGUGCGGACCAAUGGGCCAACGCUGGUGGAAUCGGAAAGGACGGAACCAUCAUGCGCUCGCUUCAGCGUCCCGACUGGGAAGAGGUACAAAUGGAAAAGAUCGAUGAGGUUUUGGCGCUAAAGUUCACCCAGCAUACUUCCCUUGGAAAAAUGCUCAUGUCUACAGAACCUGCCGAGUUGCUCUACAUGUGGAGUUCUCCCUGGGGUGCGGGCAUGAUCUCAAAGGACCCAACCAUCUUGGCAAAGCAGUUAUGCGGUGCAGAGAACGUCUCUUGGCCGCCCACCAACACCGCUCAUGACCUAUUUCUCCUAUCUCUUCAGAAUAAUUCUCUCACGACUCAAAUCUAA